GGAAGAAGAGUCCCAAUACAGGCUACAUGGUAUCUGGUUUAACAUGCUAUGUUUGAGUGAAUCUUCAACAAAUUGCGGUUCAAUUAAGAAUUUGCGUUGUGGUGAUAAACUUAAACGGUCCAUGUGCGCAACUGUCUGGCCGUUUGUUGUUUACUCUGAACCCCGAGGCGAAUGGAUCAUGGCAUCAGCUCUUGUCAAACAGUUUGUCGACUCAUCCUCCUCCUUCACUGGACGAAAGAAUAACAAGUCAUAGUCGCUUCAUCUUGCCCUCCCGCUCUGAAGAACGGAUCUUUCUAAGGUUUUGCACCUUAUAAAGGAAUAUACCAGAAUACCUAAAUAAAGGAAAAUGCUGUUCUGGUAGGAUGAUCAAAAGUCAGGACCAAGAUGAAUUUAUUGCUGUCCGCGUUCAAGACCCUCGCAUUCAAAACGAGGGUUCAUGGAACUCCUACGUGGACUUCAAGAUAUUCCUCCAUACCAACAGCAAGGCCUUCACCGCUAAGACUUCCUGUGUGCGCCGGCGCUACAGCGAGUUUGUGUGGUUGAGAAAAAAGUUGCAGAAGAAUGCUGGCUUGGUGCCUGUCCCAGAGCUGCCGAGCAAGUCUUACUUUUUUUCGUUUACUAAUGAAGAUUUCAUUGAGAAGAGAAGGAAGGGCCUCCAGAGCUUCCUGGACACGGUUGUGCACAUGACCGUCUGCUUGUCAGACAGCCAGCUCCACCUGUUCCUUCAGACCCAGCUUCCUGUUAGCCAUAUCCUAGACUGUGUUCAGGGCCUCACUCCAUACACAGUCACCGAUGCCAUUCUCACCUACGCGUCAUCCAAUCAGGGCUGGGUCCAGGAAGAGGACAGCGAACCACAGGAGCAAUGUCCAACUCCUGUUCCUUAUGAAUCCAUGGAGAGCCCCUCUCCCCACAUGCCUUCCUCUCAGUGUGGGGCACCUGUCACUCUCACAGCCAGUGAGGAAGCUAGUGCUGGUGCUGCUGCUAAUACUGCUGCUGCUGCUGUGUCUGACUCUGUGACUGCGGAUGUUCAUGAUGGGAACGUGGUGGGACUAACAGCAGACGCUCAGAGCGAGGGGGGGAGUCAUGGGGACGAAGCUCCUGUGGGGGACAUUCACGUGGAAGCCAUAGUGGAGGUUCAUCCGCAAAGUGUUGACUUGACAAUUGUCGACCAGGAAGAUGCUAUCGCAGAAGGGAACAGCACUGAAGGAGCACAGCAGGAUAGUGGAGGUUUUGAAGAUGCAGCUCUGGAAGCUGUUGACCAAGUGGAGAGAUUUAUAAAUCAGGUUGAACUUGUUGAGGAGACCAUUAGAGAUCAACAUCAAGAGGUCACCUCUGAUACACCUAUACUUGAGGUCACUGCUGAAGGUCAGGGGAGUUCCUCGGAAGAGCAAAAUGAGGUGGAGACGGUCACACUGGAGGUGGCCAGUGAAGACACGACGAAUGUAGAACUCUCCCAACAGGAAGAGAGCUGUUUAAAUAGCGCUUCUGAUAAUGACAAUUCUGUUUUGGAGGCACCUGUUGUGCCACAGAGCCUCGCUGAGUCAAAUCAAGACCGAGAUGUUGCUGAAACCGAUAGUUUGCAGGAUGAUGGUGAAACAGACGUCGUCAAGAAUGGACCAGUGGAGGAAGAAAGUGAAGAUCAAAGCCAAAAUCAGGAGAGGGACGUAGAGAUAACCCCUCCUGGGGAGGAAAGUGCAAUGGAGGCCGAUCUAGAUGGGAGCGUGUGUGUGGACAAGGCUGUGGAGGAAACCACUGGCGAGGUUUUGCAGAGUGUCCAUCUUCAAAGUCUGGACCACUGCGAAGAGGAGCGCAACGACACCAAUGGCGUCAUGUCCAACGGGCACCACAGUGACGGCUCGGUGACAAGUGCCAUUGAAGAUUCCACAGAGGAAGCCCCAGACUGUGACAAGGGAAAGAUGAUCAGCGCCAAUGUGAUUGAGUCCUUGAUGUCAGACAGCACUGAGGACCACAGAGUACAUUUGGAAGAGACCCUUGAGGGCUGUGACCUUAAAGGUCAAAUCUGCCAAGACCAGAUUGAACUGCCUUACACAGACCUCAGUGCGCCGGAAGGCGGUGACGAGGAUCCCCAUGGAGUUGCCAUUCAAGAACAAAACAUGUCGGUCUAAUCAACCACCUGGAGCCCAAAACUGUGAGUCAUGCAACUCCAAAGGAUUGUUAGUCAGCCUUCAGAUUAAUCAGAACACUAUGGUAUGGAUGGUCACUCCUCAAGGAGUCUCAGCGGCUGAUUGCCUCUCCCAUACGUGCAGCCAUUUUAUUCCCUUUACAAGGUCAUAUGCAUUUGAUCGUGAAGACAGGCGUUGUGGGAAAUUUCAACCUACAGGAGAUGCACCCAUCUCACUGUUGCUGCACUGCUAUCAUAACUUUGCUUGUCUCUUGGGAGUGAAUUUCAUUUUUGCUUGAAGCCUUUCCACAUCAGAAAUUAACAGUGGCAUGGCAGUUUACAGAAACAAGCACUGAACUGGACAUACCUCAUAUGAGAGAUUAUAAAAAACAGGUUAUUGAAAGUGAAGCUUGGAAUAUGUAGGUCUUUAUAAAGUCCAGUUAUAUGUGAAAUUCCUGGUAGUUAUAUGUGUGUAAUGUGCAUAAAUACUGAGAACAAAUGAGGAGCAUAUGAUCAGAGCUUUGCAACUUAGCUUCAUCUUUUUCCCAGCAUACAUCACAGUGGAAGCACCAGCCAUGCAAGUUAGGGUUAUGUGAUUCAUGCUACACUGUCUGCGAGUUCUCGGAAUAAGACACUAUCAAUGACAUGUUGAAUGCAAGUCAAUGGAGAUGCGUCGCAUGGUUCAUAUGUUGAUGGUAUGCUACUCCAGGGUGUGAUAUCAUGCUUGUGAGGGCCUGUAUUUGAUUUUUUUAGAAAAGAAACAAGACUUGGAUAAUGUCAGCCAAGGGACCUAGUCGUGUGAACGUUCCAAUAUAGUAAGUCAAGGGCAAAAUCAUAUACAUUGUUUUACACUUAGAAAUUCCUUCAAAUGGGCAAGGUUUCCUCACAGCAAAUCACCUGAAUCACCAUGUUUGGCAUACAGUUUUGGAUUUUGAUUUUGCAGUGGUAGUGCAAAGACUUGUAGGAAACAAGUUAUCCUGUAUGCAAGCUGAAAUUAUGGUUAAUUUUCCUCACUUGCCGAUAAGUUAAGUCAUAGUUAUACUUAAGUUAUUGGCAAAAUAAAGGAGUGUCAUGAAGUGUAUAAUGAAAGUAUGUUAUGAACAAAAUGAAACCAAGCCAUGUAAUUUUGUUGCACAUUUUUUUUUACAGCUAACAGCCUGUUAGGUAGCACUCGGCCUCAGAAUCCAUUGUUCAACAUCUCACUAUUUUUUGCCAAGUUAGCUGGCGCACAUCUGAUGGUGCAAAAUGUGCAUACCAAAAAUAUUUUGAUCAUGAGUGUGAGACAAUUGUUGUCAUAUUUUUUUGACAAACUAUUCCCUUAACCACAGUCCAUAUGUGGGCUGCUUUCAUAUUCUUCGAGUACAAAGCCUGACCUGGCCUAUCUUUCCUACUUCGAUUUGACAGUGGUUUUGUGAUGCCAACACUACUUAGUGGAGAAUUUAGUCUGUCAGUUUGCUGCUACAUUCCAUUUUAAGUCAUUGGCAUCUGGCAGUGAAAUUCCUCCCCCUUUUUAUUUAGUCUCAUUAUGUAUACAGGAAUAUGUUUGACAAAAUGUUUUUAGGACAGAUUUCUUUAGCUUGAGUUUAAUUCUUUUUUGUCAGUUGUUUAUUUUUAUGUAAUUUUUCAAGAGUUUAUUGAAAAGAGUUAUGACUGUAUUUUAAACGCUUUUAAAUUAGAUUAUAUUUUAAUUGUCAUUUGUGAUGUAUAUGUGUCGCUGUCACUGCUUCUAAUGAACAAGGAUGUGUAAGGGCCAAAUGUGCCAACCUGUUGUUGGCUUGGACAAGGGAACUUUGUUUGGUUUUUCUUGCAAAGGUUGUAUUUUAUCUUGAUAAAUAAAAAGUUCAC